AAAUACCCAUUAUUUUAAGUUUUCAUAUGCCAAGAAUAUUCCUAUUUACACUUGUCUUACCUUCUUUGUCCCAUGUGUGUUCCCAAUUGCUUAAUUUCUAUUUUUUUUUUUCAACUUCCAAUCCAAUGUCGUCAUCUAAUGUUAUAUAAUGCUAAUAGACAGAUACCAAACUGAUUGCAAAGUUCAAUUACCAGUUUGUACGAGGAAACAUACUUUAUUAUUUAGCCUAGCUGCCUUCCCUCUUGUUCUUCAUCAUCGUCUUCUUCUUGGUGUAUUUCGAGUAUUUAGAUAAGUGGCCAUGGCUGUUAUCAAAAGGCCGGUUCUGUUUUUUGUAUUAGCCACGGUCUUUGCCGGAUUCAUUGGGUGCGUUGUUUCCUAUGAUCGUCCUCCUCCUCGCAAGGACAUUUCCGUGCCUCAAGCUGAAGAGUUUUCCUCAACUUCCCCUCAACAGGUGCAUGUGUCUCUAGUUGGUGCUGAUAAAAUGAGGAUAUCUUGGAUUACAGAAAGCUCAGCUUCACCAAUAGUAGAAUACGGUACAUCUCCAGGGGUGUACUCGAAAUCUGCAACUGGAAGUACAUCCUCCUACCGUUACCUUUUAUAUACGUCUGGUGAAAUUCAUGAUGUUGUCAUUGGUCCAUUGAAUCCGAACACCGUCUAUUACUAUCGUUGCAGCUCGGAUUCAAGCCGCGAAUUCCGUCUCAAAACCCCUCCAGCUCAACUUCCGAUUAAAUUUGCUGUCGUAGGUGAUCUUGGACUGACAGGAUGGACAAACACAACUCUCGAACACAUAGGACAAUCGAACUACGACAUGUUGCUACUGCCAGGGGACUUGGCAUAUGCUGAUUUUGUACAAUUUCUUUGGGAUUCAUUUGGCCGCCUGGUCGAGCCACUGGCUAGCCAAAGACCCUGGAUGGUCACGCAAGGGAACCACGAAGUCGAAAGGAUCCCUGUCAUCCAUUCCACACCCUUCACAGCCUAUAACGCAAGAUGGCACAUGCCAUUUGAGGAAAGCGGUUCAACUUCCAACUUGUAUUAUUCCUUCGAUGUGGCCGGGGUCCAUGUUAUCAUGCUGGGUUCUUACACAGAUUUUGAUCCUGAUUCCGAUCAAUUCAAGUGGCUGCAAGCAGAUUUCGGAAAGAUUAACAGGGGUAUAACUCCAUGGAUCGUGGCGAUUAUUCAUGCACCCUGGUAUAAUACCAAUACUGCUCACCAAGGGGAGCCUGAAUCAGUUCUCAUGAAGAAAUCCAUGGAAGGAUUACUUUAUAAUGCUGGGGUUGAUUUUGUUUUUGCUGGGCAUGUUCAUGCUUAUGAACGCUUCACUCGUGUUUACAAUGGAACAGCUGAUAAUUGUGCUUCAGUGCACAUCACAAUUGGGGACGGUGGCAACCGCGAAGGUCUAGCUAGCAAGUAUAUGGAUCCGACGCCUGAAAUAUCAGUGUUUAGGGAGGCAAGCUUCGGGCACGGAGAACUCAAGGUGUUGAACGCAACCCAUGCGGUCUGGACAUGGUAUAGGAACGACGAUGAUGUUUCAGUUGCUGCUGACACAGUUUGGUUUACGAGCCUCUCUUCUGAUCCUGCUUGUAAAGUUGUCUAAAAUGGAAAUGUAUGUUGGAAUUGAUUCAUUGAUUCAGUUAGAGAAAGAAAGAUAAUUGUAGAUCUACAAGACAAAUUUAAUAAAAAAAAGUACUAAUGUAGAUGAAAAAUCAAUGGGAAAUUGUUUUGUAUAAUGUAUUUGUUGAAAAUUAAUUCUAUUUAUUAGUUGUGAAUUUUUAAAGGUUUAUAAAUUCUAUGGUUACAUGUAUCGACCGAAACAAGACCUGAGCAACAUUGGGCCUAACAGUGGCUUUGCUGCUUUGCGUUUCAGGGCCACUAUUCUUUUUUCUGAUUCAAAGCCACUGAAUUAUACGUACUUAAGUCAAAAGCCUAGGGUUAACCAGCAAAGU